AUGUGGGUGCUCUGAAGUUCACGCUGUGAGACAUCUGGCAUUUUAACAGCAUCUGGCACAGUGAUACAUGAAAGAUUAAACAGAAGUAUGAGGAAACGCUGUGCUCUCAAACAUGGAAUAUUCAAAGAAUUCCUGGCAGAAUUCCUCGGAACUUUUGUAUAUGUUCUGUUUGGCUGUGGGUCAGUCGCCCAGACUGUCCUCAGCAGAAACGCUCUGGGUGAACCUCUCACCGUCCACAUCGGCUUCUCUGUGGGACUGAUGAUGGCAACAUACGUGGCUGGUGGUGUGUCAGGGGGCCAUGUGAACCCUGCUGUGUCCCUGGCCAUGGUUAUUCUGGGCAAACUGAAGAUUUGGAAGUUUCCCUUCUAUGUCAUUGCUCAGUUUCUUGGAGGUUUUGCUGGAGCUGCUGCAGUCUUUGGAUUAUACUACGAUGCUUUCAUGGACUUCACCAGUGGGAUUCUGUCAGUGACGGGCAUCAGUGCCACAGGUCACAUUUUUGCUUCCUACCCUGCAAGACAUCUGUCAGUCCUCGGCGGCUUUAUCGAUCAGGUAGUAGGAACUGGCAUGAUGGUGUUGUGCAUCCUGGCUGUCAAUGAUGGUGGAAACAUUGGCGCUCCUAAAGGUAUGGAGCCACUGGCCAUUGGCCUCAUCAUCAUGGCCACCGGUGUAUCCAUGGGACUGAACUGUGGAUACCCACUAAAUCCUGCACGGGACCUUGGACCCCGUCUGUUCACUGCUGUGGCAGGAUGGGGGAUGGAAGUCUUCAGCACUGCAGACUACUGGUGGUGGAUCCCUGUGGCAGGCCCUAUGGUCGGUGGUGUGGUUGCCGCUGUCAUCUACUUCCUUUUUAUUGAGUUGCACCAUCACCACCACAAUGAGUCAGAGAAGCCCCAUGAGGAAGAGGAGGAGGAGGAAGAAGAUGAGGAGGAAGAUGAGAACAGCCUGAAGGACAAAUAUGAAAUGAUCACCAUGAACUAAAAGAAAAACCAUCACAUCCAGGAUUGACUUGUACAUGGUCAUAUUCAGCCAUUUUAAGUUGAAGAAUGACAAGUAUAACCUCAACCUGUAAGGUACAGAAGACCUUUUUUUUUUUUGUCACACUGUGAAUAUGCUCUCUUUUGUCAGUUUGUAUAGAUCAGGAUCAUUUUUACCCAAUGGCCAUCAAAUAUGGCCAUGGGGUAUUGCAAAGACUUUGCGUCCAUCUGUCUGUCCGUCUGUCUGUGCU